ACGACUCUUCCUCCUCUUCUUCAUUCUCGCCAGCCAGCUACUGUAGUUUUCCUUGUUAGAUCUUGUUUUCCCAACCAGCGACUAGCUCCCUCACCAUGUCGCCCAUCCUCCCCUCCCACCACAACGAGCUUCACUCGUCGGCCUCUACUGCCUCGCCGCACGACGAUGAGAAGGCUCGCCGUGAGCAGCCCUCCGUCAUCGCCCCAGGCAACCUCGCCAGCCGCAACCACCUCAUCGCCAUGCUCGGCGAGUUUGUCGGCACCACCAUGUUCCUCCUGUUCUCCCUCGGCGGCACUAGCGUCGCCCUCCAGGCCGCCAACUCGGUGACUGGCAAAUUCAACGACGCUGGCGCCUCGCAAGCCAACUCUGACAACCUUCUCUACAUUGCCCUCGUCUUCGGUGUUUCGCUCGGCGCCUGCGUCUGGUGCUUCUUCCGUGUCUCGGGCGGUCUCUUCAACCCCGCCGUGACCCUUGCCUUCAUGGCCAUCCAGGGCAUCACCCCCGUCCGCGGUGUUCUUCUCAUCAUCGCCCAGUUUGCCGGUGGUCUCGCGGGAGCUGGUCUCGCUGACGGCCUCACCCCGGGCCCCCUCUUCGCCGCGACCACUCUCGGUGGCGGCGCCUCGAUUGUCCAGGGCCUCUUCAUCGAGGUCUUCAUGACGUCGAUGCUCGUCUUCACCAUUCUCAUGACUGCCGUUGAGAAGAACCGCGCCACCUUUGUUGCGCCCAUCGCCAUCGGCAUGUCCUUCUUCAUCUGCGAGGCCUUCUCCGUCUACUACACCGGCGGCUCCCUCAACCCCGCCCGCUCCCUCGGCCCCGCCACCGUCAACAAGUCGUUCCCUGGCUACUUCUGGAUCUACUUUGUCGGCCCCAUCCUCGGCUCGCUCCUCGCCGUUGCCUUCUACAAGCUCCUCAAGUUCCUCAACUACCAGACCAACCUCGGCCCCGACUGCGACGACGACGGCCACACCUGGCACUACACCAACGACGUCCGCGGCCGUCUCGACCGCAUCGAGGGCCUCCUUGCCCGCACCGCCGAGCACCGCACCGUCGUCUAAACACUCCACACCCGCUACGCAUUCGCUUGCGCGGCCGGUCCGACCAAGCUCAACACAUCACACGACUCUAUCUGCACACAUCAUCAUCAUUGUGGUUUCUUGUGUCCGUCAAACACAGGCCCACGGACAUUCUCGACGACUCUCUGCGCAUUAUAAACGUAGCGCUACGUAUCCACAUACAAUAUGCAUCGGAUCUAAUCCAGUACGCA